UGUACCCUGCCUGUACUAUGGAUAGGAGCCCUCACAUUUUUAUGGCUCCCGCCUCGUAAAGCCUCUUAUCUCUCUUUCGGGCAGCCGUCUAAGUUCUAUAUCCGUCUCGUUCCCUCUUGCGCCUCGCCGGCCGGGGGGACACGUAGCGUUCCUUGUAAGUUCCGUGCUCGCUUCACUCGUCCGAUCGUCCGCUGCCGACCCGAAUCGGCGCUGACGUGACGCGCGUUGUUUUUACGCUCGUGUUUCUGCUGUGAAAUAACUAGUGUUAUUUGUUUAUAAUCAGCAACAACUGACUUGGAUUGAUUUGCCACCGCCCAAAGGAUUAAAUACUCACAGUGGAGUGUACUGUACGUGUUUGUGUGAGAUGACAAGUGGAUACUAUAAAGUAAAACGGGUCGGCCGUGUUUAUGUGCUGAAUGGUGAUUAAAAGUAAUUUGCUUUUACGGUGUUGAGGGUCGGCCUCUGCGUAUCGAUCGCAUAUCGAAAGACAAAACGUUGGAUUGUUGUGUUAGAGCGGCUGAGGCGGUGCAACGAGAGGUGUCGAGAAACUCGUGACCGAGAAGCAGUAACGUGGAUCGCCACCGGGAUCGGGAUGCCAGUGUGUCUAGUGAUGGUGCAUUGAGAUCGUGCCAGUAACCAUUAAUAGUGUUAGUGUUAACUAUAGUGCCCAUACAGUGUUGAAUGGAUUGUGUUUUUUUUUGGAUUGCCACCGCGAGUCAUCGAUAGACCUAAUUGGGAACGGGCUACAAUGGUGUGUGCGUGUGCGGGGCAGCGGGGGGCGGGCGCGGCGAGCCGGCGCGCAUGGCGGCGCCAAUGAGGGAGGGCGCGCCGGCCGGCGGAGCUCGCCCCGCGCCCCACGCGCACCCCGCCAAUUUCGAGUACGAUGACAACGAAUGGGACAUCGGCAUCGGCGACCUCAUCAUAGACCUCGAUGCCGACAUAGAAAAGACUGACGAGGCGGGCGGCAUGGCGGCGCGCGCCGAACCGGACGCGCAGCGCACCGCGCUCAAGAUGAAGAUCAAGCGUACCAAGCCUGGCACCAAGAGCUCCGAGGCAAAGCACGAGAUUGUUAAGUCGAACGAAAUGAACGGCGAGCCGAAACCGCCGCCGCCAGCAGCCGCCGCGCCGCCCGCCGCCGCUAAACGUGGCUCCGGUGGUCACCGGCGUGACAAGGCGCGAGACAAGCACCACCACCCACACCCACCCCACGACGUAAAUGGAGUUGCGCGAGUUCCGCCACCGCCGAACGCGCCCGGUCCGCCCGCUGCGCCACCGCCUGCGCCGCUUGCAAGCGCGCUGGCCGCGCCGCCGACGCAAACCAAACCAGACUCGCGGCCAUCACCCGCGCCGCGACUUGAACCCAAACCCACGACUCCCGCGCCGACAACGCCCGCGACGCCCGGGCCUGGGCCCGCGCCCUCGCCCGCUCCCGCUCCCGCGCCGCAGCUCCUCCAAGCGCCACAACCAACCACGAAACCGGAACCCGAUGAUUCGCGGCAACAAGAACAACAUAGUUCGCAGCCCCCAGCAAAGAAACUUAAAACGGAACCUAAGGAAACGGCAGAAGUAUGUGUGGGCACUUCGGUGGGGACCAUCACUGAGCCGGACUGCUUGGGACCCUGCGAGCCUGGUACUUCGGUCACGUUGGAGGGCAUCGUGUGGCACGAAACGGAAGGUGGCGUACUGGUUGUGAACGUUACCUGGCGAGGGAAGACUUAUGUAGGCACUUUGCUGGAUUGUACGAGGCACGACUGGGCGCCACCUCGAUUUUGUGAUUCACCAACAGAAGAGUUGGAUGCACGGACGCCUAAAGGACGAGCGAAACGUGGCCGUGGCGCAGCACCCACCGAUAUGACCAACUUUACAGAGACUCGUUCCUCCGUCCACAGUAAGCUUCGCAACGGCGGAGCCAAGGGGCGGAGGGCGCUCCCAUCUCCCACGCCAUUCACACCGCCCAGACCAGAUUCCAAAAGGAAGCGUACCUCAGAAGCGGAGGAGCGACCGCCUACGCCGAAAGCAAAGCGACCGCCUCCCGCGCCUUCGUCGCCUCCACCCGAUCCCGUCCUACUCGAGUGUCCCGAGCCGAACUGCUCCAAGAAGUAUAAGCAUGCGAACGGGCUUAAAUACCACCGGUCGCACGCUCACGGCGCUCCCGACGAGGAUGACAAGGACGGCUCGAGCUCAGAGCAAGAGGAACCCGCGGUAGAACCUGCUUCCCCUGCUCGGCCGCCUUCCGAGCCAGCCACGCCAGCGACACCUGUAAAGUCGCCGACGCCGGCUAAGUCCCCGGAAUCAAAGUGCGAUAAGACUCCAGAAAAAUCGCCAGAAAAGACCGAAGCGAACGCAGAGUCGCCGCAACAGCCUAGGUUUACAGAGGAGUUCGCGAGCACGCCGGAGCCGCAGCCACCGGUCGAGCGGCCGCCGACGCCGACUGUACCGUCUACGCCACCACCAGAAGCCUUGCCCACAUUGCAACCGACACAAUUUAAGGUGAAACCACGAUCGGCACUGAUGCCGACCGAGGAGCGCAAGUCCACGGAGUCACCGCCGGAUGCAUCGCCGGGCAAGCGGCGCGCGCGCCGGUCUCCGACACCGGGCGUGCGCUCGCCGGCCUACUCGGACAUCUCAGACGACGCCGCGCCGCCGGACGGCGCCGCCGAUCCGGACCCGGCGCACCGGCCGUUCCCUGUUUAUCACCAGUACUAUGGACAGCCACCGUAUCUGCCCCCGACACACCCUCCGACGGCAGCGCCACCUCCCGUCGACAAAGGAAAGGAGGACCUCAGCAAAGGAGACCCGAAAGCUGAACACAAGGACGGCAAACCGGAGAGUGGUCCUCAGAAAGUACUUCCACAGCACUUCUAUCCAUAUAAUUACGUGCCGAAUUUUCCAUACAACGUGGAGUCAGCAGGGGCGCCGCCAGGGCCUCAGUUAGAAGAUAAGUCUAAAGAGCCCGACCGCUCCAAAACCACGCCGAGCCCAUUGGAUAAGAGUAAGCAGCCACGUCCACCAGACGGCAAAGAGAACCCAGCGAGGCCUAAUGACAACCAUCAGAUACUGAAGGAGAGUAUAGAGAUGAAGGCGCAGAUGGGACCUUACGCCUUCCAGCGGCCGCCGCACGUACGUGAAGAAGAAUUAAGGAGAUAUUACAUGACCUUAGAGCAGAGAAGAAAAGAGGGCGGUGGCGAAUCAAAGCCGCCAGGGCCGAAUCCAGCGCAGGGAAACGGGCCCCCGCCGUCCGUGGGGGCUCCGGGGGCACCGCCACAGCCCACGCCGCGGCAGCCUCAACACGCACAUAAACCUCCCUCUAAAGACAAGGAUGAUAAACCUAAAGAAGAAAUUAAGGUGAAGCAGGAAGGCCAGAAGCCAACAACCGAGACGCAGGGACCUCCACCGCCUCCAACUUCCCAAUACUAUCUCCCCCCGUACAUGCAGGCGCCGCACUACGGCGCAUUGCCCUUCGACCCUGUAUAUCGGGCGCCGCUCAGUCCAAUGCUGGUGGGCAGCUUCGGCGGCGGCUGGACGGUACCUAGGUACCACGCACCGGAAGACUUAUCCCGACCGGGCGCUCCCGCCAAGCUCGAGUUACUUCCGCCCGCACACGCAGCCCACGCGGCACACGCGGCGCACGCGCAGUACUACGCGCCGCCGUCGCAUGCGCCGCCGCAUAAGAUACACGAACUACAAGAACAUGCAAAGUCGCCGCAGGGCAAACCGCCGCGCCCCGAGCCCCCGAAGGAGCCCCCGCGGUCGCCGCCCCCGCAGCGACACGUGCACACGCACCACCACACGCACGUGGGUCUCGGCUAUCCGCUCUAUCCGCCGCCUUAUCCCGCGGCAGCGGUACUGGCCAGUACGCAGGCGGUUGUGAAUUCAUUCCCGACGCCGCCAAAAUGAAUUGAUCGGAUUAACGACAAAUGGACCUGACUUUAAUACUCGACCACAAGCCUACCCUGGUACUUUUCUUGUCACUUUGUCCAAGUGGCACAAGCGAAUCUGGACUUCAAAUUAGACGUGAUAGUGAUGUGACUAUAUAGACAGUGAUGUACUAAAAAUGAACAAGUGUGUAACUCAAAUUCUCCAAUUGGACUUAAUCUUUAUGCCAGUAGCCAUAAUUUAAACACUGUGAUCUCGCGUAACCCACGAAAUGUGUAUGUGAUGUGCGCUUUGAAUGUCCUAGCAUGUGUCUGAACUAAUAGUUACCUGAAUUCUUUUAAAUUGAACCGAGUGUUGUGUUUUUGAGAACUCCGCCAUUGGUGUUGUGAACAUUGAGUGUGUGUUCGCGGCACUGUAGAGGCCGCGUGGGACUCAUCGUAGCCCUCUACCGAUACCUAAUUUGUUUUAUAUAUGUUUACUAGUGGAAGCACAAACUAGUUAUGUAAAUAUUAGUAUUAUGUGUAAAUUAAUUUACAUUGUUAGUGUACUGAGUAAUGUAAUAUAAACAUCGAAUUCUCUGGUUCUCCAUCUGGGCAUUGUACUGAUGUUUGAAGCCCCCACGAAAUUUGAUAUCACGCGAAUUCAGUCUAGUAAGAUCAUUUAUUUAUGAAUACUGCAUUCCACAAAAGCAAGCGUACCUAGUUUUUAAAAGUUAAGAUAAAUGAUUAAUAUUUAAGUGAUUAUAGCGUAAGUUUAAAGGCGUCAAUGUGAUGAUUACAAUAUGAAUCCGUAGUGUGCACAAAACCUACUAUGUCUCGACUAUAGAGACGAAUGACUUAUAAUAAAACGUAGAGAGCAUCCUAUAGAGUUGGUGUGUUUGGACAUCGCUGUAUGUGUAUGUAUGUCUGGCUUUUAAUGAUAACUUUUAAAAUCUCAUAGUCCGAUAUUCUCAUACAAGGGAUUAGUGUUUCAAUAUCUGUACUGUGUAGUAAUUAGAUACGGUGUCAUUCACGAUACAGCUUUGAUGCAAUCACCGUCGGGCGUGCAACCGGCGCUUACGACUAGUUAAUUUUAUUACUUUCGUGUCAAAUUGUAUUUUAUGUCUGACGCUGGAGCCACUCAAGCUGAAGUUGCCGGCUUAAAGAUUAUGUGGUGGUCGUAAUAAAUAAUACUUAACAAAUAUUCAUGUAACUUCAGCUUGCGGUAUGGUUCCGUUAUCGACCGCGAUUAAAGAAGUCCUCCAGUAAGAAUAAAAAAUUCAUGGUUUUCUGUAAAAUUUUUCGCGUUUAUUAGUUACACUUUGAAAUCCAUAUUGAUUGAUAAAUAUUGGAUGACCACAAAAAAUAUAUACCUCCGUUUUUUUAGUGGCCAUCAAUCAUGACGAUAAAUUCAUUUCAAUUUAUAGAUUCAUAUUAAACUUUUUUCACUUUAAACCAGUUUUGACAUGACUACGUAAUAUGGAUAUAGGCUUAGUUUGUAUUUCUUAAAUGAAAUAGUAAUAGUGAAACAACUCAAAUUUUUAUAGAAGAUCAUGUCAUUUCUAUUCUUACUCAGAAAGACUUUUGAGGCGGUGUCGAUGGUCAAAUUGUUCAUUACAACAGUCUUCCAAUCAGUUGAUUAAAGAGUUCCACAGUCAUAAACAUUGCAUAUGUGUUUUUUUCUAAAAUAUCAGAACUGUUAACUCAUAAACAAUAUUUGUAGCAAUGUCACCUGAUUAUUUGUGAUGAUUCAAAUUGAUUAAAUAGAAAAGAUAUCGUUGAUUGCAUUUCAACUUUAUGUAGAAAACGUUUUAUAUUACAAUAACGCAUUAUGCAAACAAAUAGAAAUAUUAUUCUUAUGACAUUUUGUCAAUGUACCUAUUGUACCUGUCUUGAUUAAUAAAACUGAAAUUAAUAUUUGUAUAAAAGUGGGGCCUAAAGACCUGUUUUUAAAUUAAUACUCUAGAACAUUCGAUUGACCAGUGACUGAGUUGGUUAUUUUUAUAUAACUAUCUAAUGAUUGUGAAUACAAUUUUAUUAACUACUUACUUCCGAAAGGCACAUUGAGACUAGUCUAGAAAGAUAAAGAUAUUUGGAAACGCUCUGAUAAUAACGCGUAUUAAUGGUGUUUAAUACUAUGCCACAAUGCGUGGCCGUCGUUAGUAGAUAUUCGUGUAGUUUUAUCCUUGAUUAGGCAAGCACGAGUGCCAAGCGACUAUUCUAGUUUUCCUGAGAUAUGUUGAAGAAAACAUACUUGAAUAGUACUUAAGCUGUGUGCCCUCUUAUUAAUGUCUACAGUUUUCUACAGCUUCAUCUAAAUUACACAUUAUACCAUGACACAAUAAUUGAUUAUUAUUUUUGUUGAAACUGUUAAUUUCGAUUUGCAAUAUAAUAUAUAUGUAAAUUUUGAUAAUAAUCGAAAUAUGUUAGGGUAAGUCCGUACAAUGAGUUUUCAAUGUAUGAUUUAUUUCGCACGGAUUAUUUCACGCGCAUUCGAAAUAAUUUUAGAGAAAGUUUUUCCUGUUGUCGUGGGUGAGGGCGUGUGGCUCUCAGAUAAUAAGUUCAUUAUACUGUUUUAUGGACGGUUUAAUAUUAUGGAAUAAAAAAAAAUCGUGCGUAAAAAUUCAUAAUGCGGGCUUACCUUUUUAAAUUAUAUACACAGAUUCCAGAGUAACAAGUAUGAAUGAAAAGCAUGGGCAGGAUAUAGCUUACAUGAUCUCACCACAGCGCCUCCGUGCAUUGUCAAUAAAUGCAGACUGAUUAAAGAUUUGAUUUGUUAUUAAGUUUGCAGCCGUCCCGCAAAACUGUAUCAGAAUCGUAUUUUAUAUAGAAUUAUGACGUGGUUCUGUCCAAAUUGUACAGAAAUGCAAUUUUUUUUUUUACCAGUUAUAUAUAGAAGACAUACGUGAGUGCUGUCAUUAUGUGAACAAGCAAGUAAUUAAUUCUAAAUAUGGUACUGUAACAGUUAUGCGGACGGUGUGCUAUAUUCGGCACGAAUAAGCAAACGUUACGCUUUCAUUAUUUUAUAUCCACUAGUACCAAUAAGAUGGUAUGAUACAUGAUCAUUGUAUUUAUAAUGCAUCUGUAUAUGUUAUAAUAUGAACAUUUGUGUAUUUUUUGAUGUAACUAAACGCAAAGUUUGAUUUUUCUUAGGAAAGAAUUCGAGACGUUUAAAAAAAGGAAUAAUAAAGAUAAAUUAUUUCUUAGAA